GAGUCCGUGCAGCCAGCUGGUGGAAGCUGAAGGAAUCUGGCUGACACAUCGGUCUGUCCAGCAGGUCACUCAGUGAGGGGGACACUCGUGGAAGCAGCCGCUUAAAGCACAACUAUCCGGCCUCCACUGCGGCGGGAACAGAGACUUUAAUCGGCGGCGAAAACAGGAAGUUACCAUGAUGGCAGUCCUGGGCAGCGCCGGUCGCUUGAUCCAAUUUGCCAGGAGCAGCGUCAGUCUGAGUGUCAGGAGACGCUCCACUGCUGCUGCUUUAGCCCAGACUGCGACUCCAGAAACACAGGAGAACAGGAAACCUAAGACGGGCAUCUUGAUGUUAAACAUGGGAGGACCCGAGAAACUAGAAGACGUUCACGACUUCCUGCUGCGGCUCUUCAUGGACACAGACCUGAUGAAACUCCCUGUACAGAAUAAGCUCGGCCCGUUCAUCGCCAAGCGCCGCACGCCGAAAAUCCAGGAGCAGUACAGUAAGAUCGGAGGAGGCUCGCCCAUCAAACACUGGACCUCCAUGCAGGGAGAGGGCAUGGUGAAGCUGCUAGACGAGAUGAGUCCUGAGACAGCUCCACACAAGUUCUACAUUGGUUUCCGGUACGUUCACCCGCUGACGGAGGAAGCCAUUGAGGAGAUGGAGAAAGACGGAGUGGAGAGAGCCGUAGCCUUCACGCAGUACCCUCAGUACAGCUGCUCCACCACAGGCAGCAGUCUGAACGCAAUCUACCGUUACUACAGCAACAGAGGCGACAGGUCAAAAAUGCGCUGGAGUGUCAUCGACCGUUGGCCCACACACCCUCUGCUGGUGGAGUGUUUUGCAGAACACAUCAGUAACGAGCUGCUGAAGUUCCCUGAAGAAAAGAGAGACGACGUUGUCAUUCUGUUCUCGGCACACUCGCUCCCCAUGGCUGUUGUAAACAGAGGUGACCCAUAUCCUCAGGAAGUGGGAGCCACAGUUCAGAGAGUCAUGGAGAGACUGGGACACUGUAACCCCUACAGACUAGUGUGGCAGUCCAGGGUGGGGCCCAUGCCGUGGCUCGGCCCACAGACGGACGAAGUGAUUAAAGGUCUGUGCGAGCGAGGGAAGAAGAACAUCCUGCUGGUGCCUAUCGCCUUCACCUCCGACCACAUAGAGACUUUACAUGAGCUGGACAUCGAGUAUGGGCAGGUGCUCGGGGAGGAGUGUGGUGUGGAGAACAUCAAGAGAGCAGAGUCGUUAAAUGGGAACCCUCUCUUUAUGAAGGCUCUGGCAGACCUGGUCCAGUCCCACCUGAAGUCCAACCAGCCCUGCUCCCGUCAGCUGACCCUCCGCUGCCCGCUGUGCACCAACCCCACCUGUGGAGAAACCAAGGCCUUCUUCGCCAGUCAGACGCUCUCGUAGAAACGCACACACACCCACACACUCUGGUGCCCUUCCUGCAGCAAUGCUACCUGUGAAGAAACUUAAGGCCUUCUUUGAUAAACAGAAGACUCACACGUUAAUGCACACGUCUCUCCAGCCAGAGUGUUGGUUACAUAUGAAACAGGAAAUGAAGACAAAUGGUGUCUGCAAAUACGUGCUGACGUUUGUUUUAUUGUACGAACAACACCGACAUCUGCUCUUAACACUCACUUCAGAUUACCAGAAUAUUCUUGAUUCGGUCACGUGUAUUUGCAGUCACCAUUUGGGGAACGUCUGCCCAGAUAAAGGAACCGACGCUCUGCAGAACCUGCUCACAUCACAUCAACGCUACAGGAAAACGCCUUGCACUAGUUUGCUUUUGUUCAUCACAGCUCCCUUGGUUACAUUCCAUUUGCUUAGCCCCUGCAAACCCCCACUAGAGACCCUGUUGCUCUUCUUGCCGGUGCUAAAUGAAUAACGACACCAUACACAAGGGAUCUGGUUGGCUGGCUGCUUCUCUCCCCCGGCGUCUUACCUGUUAUAUCACGCCACUGACCCACCAGCCAGUAACCCCGCUCAUCCUGCUGCAAUCCUUGCAAUGUGAUUGGAGGAGGUUGGUGCUGCUUCAAAACGCUGCUGUCUGAUAGGUGGAUACCACUGAGCUUAAAGGGUGACUUUGAUGUUUUCCAACCUGAACCCUAUUUUAUCAUGUUUCCGCGUCUAAGUGACAAAUGGGAGCAACAGUUUUAUGAACCUGGUCCAGUCUUGAGGAGAGCACUGAAGCCGGCAGUGGUGAAAAGACGCAGCAAUGUAAUGUUAAAGGGCAAUCCUGCAUCGUCAAGUUUCAUCCAAAAAAAAAAGUGCUUGUUUUUGCCACUGACAGGCUCAGAUUGUUAUUAUAAGUGUCUGUGAAUAUUAUGGAGGGGAUCCCGACAGAGAUAGACCUGUUUCUUAAAGAGUAAGAUCCUUUUUGUUUCACCAAACGCUAUCGCCAAACCCACCAAACUCCAUUUAAAUAAACAGGCAUUUUAUCAUCAUAAAAGACACUUAAUUCAAAGUCAACAGAGAGAAAAUAAAACUCUCAAAAACAGUCUUGGUUCAUCUUACUGCUGUUCCAAUAAUCACCAAUUCUGAUCUGGUUGAAAUAAACCCAUAAUAUACCCAGUUAAAUGUGAAAACGUGCUGCCUCUAUACAGGCUAAAAUUACUGUUUAUUUAAAUAGAGUCUGGUGGGAUGGUGAGAAUGAUGUUGAGGCAGUUUCUGGUCAAACAAAAAGGAUCUUAGGGUGCUUUCACACCUGCCCUGUUUGGUUCGGUUCAGUCAAACUCAAUUUUGUUUGCCCCCUAAGUGCGGUUUGUGCGCACCAAAACAACCGGACUGGGACCUUCUUGAAGAGGUGGUGUCGGUCUGGUUACAACCGAACUCUGGUGCUGUUCAUUCUAACCUCGAACUGCAGUCGCAUUAUUAAUGUGUACCUCCUCUUGUACUGCCGUAAUAUGCACAUUCGGCGCAUCCAAUGCAUCAGUUUGCGCAUUCAGCAGUCCAGUCACAUGACUCCAGCUAGAAAACAAACUGUAUGCUUUGACUAAAAUGAACAAUGACAGCAAUAUAGUCCACGAUGAGCAGCGCUAAAAUCAACCUGCGCAGUUGUCCCUCCAUUGUGACAUUAGAAAGUGUCACAUUUAUCUUGCAAGUGUACUCUUCUUCAACGUUUGCUUUACUUCCUGGAUUUUUCCCACAUGGAAAUUCUGACCAAUCAAGAGCAGCUUUCUCACACAAGGCAUUUGAUCUGGUCCUCUUGUAAAUGCUGCCGUGAGAACACGAACCAACUCUAGGCAAUUAUACAACUUUGGAACAACAUGAGUCCCUGAUUCAGACCAGAGGAGACCACUCUAGGGCUGAGAGCAGCCUAAAAACGUCUGUCUCUGUAGGGAUCCUUUCAUAAGUUGUCAGAUUCUUAUAAUGACAAUCUGAUCCUGUCAGGGGCAAAAAGAAGCACUUUUGGUGGAUGUAAAUUUUGUUGUUUUUUUAAAAGAUUUUUUUUUGGCCAUUUUGCCUUUAAUGGACAGGACAAGUGAGUGUGAAGGGGGGGAGAGAGAGAGAGGGGAUGACAUGCAGCAAAGGGCCACAGGCUGGAGUCAAACCUGGGCCGCUGCGGCAACAGCCUUGUACAAGGGGCGCCUGCUCUACCACUAAGCUACCAACGCCCCUUGUUGGAUGUAAAUUGGUGGUGCAUUACAUUGCAGCCUGUUUGCCAGCUGCAGCCCUCCCGCUGAACACUGGACUGAUUUCCCAAAUUGGUCUCCAUCAGUCACUUAGACACAAAAACAUGGGACGUAAAAAAUACCCUUUAAGAAUGAAAAAAGAGGGGCGUCGGCAGCGUAGUGGAUAGUGCCGGCGCCCCAUGUAUAGAGGUGAUGCCUCGCUGCAGCAGUCGCGAGUUCGACUCCGGCUUGCGACCCUUUGCUGCAUGUCGUCCCCCCACUCUCUCUGUCUCCCCAUUUCACACUGUCCUGUAUAAUAAAGGCAAAAAGCCCAAAAAAAUAAUCUUUAAAAAAAAAAGAAUGAAAAAAGAGCUCUUUAGAAGGAAUUGUGCAGCUCCUUUAAGGAUACAAGAGAGUUUACUGUGUGACGGAAAGAUUAAGGUUGAACAAAUCUGAAUCCUGCAUCUCUUCUGCGCCGACGCUGACCCUGUACAGAGCUAUCUAAGAGCUUAGAAAGGGCGUUGCUUGAUCUUUACAGCAAACCAGAGUGCAGCUGUAGUCCAUCUAAGAUAAGAAAUAAGUUUCUGGUGUCGGGACUUCUCAGGGUGUCAUGACAUAAUGUGUGGGGUAUUGUCAGGUGGAGAAACAUGUUGUUUCUGUACAAAUCCAUUAACAUGUUUAUUUUAUACUCUUGUUUUUAGCUUUUUGUCUGCUGAAAUAUUGAGCGUUCCGAGCCUCUCGGCCUCCGCUGAUAACAAAUCAAAAACUGAAAAGGGAAAAUUGAGGUGUUCUCCUCUGUCACAAAAAAAACAGACUAACACAGUUCUUCAUUCUGGGGUAGACUGGCUCAGUAAGUCACCAUAAACAAGGCAUGUUAUGUUGUUGCAGUAAAAUAAAAUUAACAUGAAGAGUGCAAGUUCCUGCUUAAGUUCAUAUACUUUAGAGAUGUGCCAUUGUGUGGCGGCUUCAGGAGAAGGAAGCUACCAGUAGGUCAUUUUGAUAGAUUCGAUAUCCAUCAGGAUAUUAGGGCGCUCUUGAUGGGGAAGAACACACAGGAACAAAUGCUGCUGGUUUCGAAAUCCAUCAAUGUGAAAUGAUAGUGGUCCCCAGCUAGGCUGUUCUCAUGAAAACAAAGCUUUGUAUCAGUGUUCACAGCCUUACAAUAUGACGUUCUCCAGCAACAUGUUCUCAACCCCAACACGUCAAAUACAGCAGCUUGGUCAGAGGUCCUACGCCUCAAAGUCUGACACUCUCGAUACCCCUCUAGAGUCAGUUUUGGAUGUGUCAAUAACCUCUUGUUAUAUGCUACAGUGUACUUUCAAAACAAACGUCUGUGUUCACAGAAAAUGUGGGUUUCGGCGACCACUUCAGGUGUAGGCAACCAAACUACCUGGUUAGGUUUUAAAAAAGAUUAUGGUUUGAGGUAGAACAAGUAUAUUUGGUGCGUAGCUUUACUUCUGUCUGUGAGGUAACAAAUAUGUCUGUCACGUGACACGUAUGCAACGUUACUUUAACUACAUUUUGUAGUUCUAAAACACUCAACACAGGCUGUAUCUGUCUUUAAAUUGUGUCAGUCGAUUCAGAUUUGGCCGCUGUAUAUGAAUGUUCGAUGAUGGUUUUUUGAAGAAGAAGAAGAUAUACUUGAUUAAUCCCUGAGGGAAAUUCAAUUGUAAUCAGACUUGACCCAACAACGGCAUUCAUGUAACAUAGUAAAUAAGCUAACAGUGCUAAUGACAGAUCGGAAAUCUGCAACAUACUUUAUCAUAUUCAGUACCCGUGAGAUGUAAAGUCGCUACUUCCAAACAGAAAAGAGAAGAUAAAGUUGUCCUGCAGCCUUACGGUAGAAAGUUUCUCCUCCUCUGUGCGCUGCAGCACGUCCGCAGCAGACUGUACCAAAGAGUAGGGUGAAAGUCAAAAGCGCUCUCUCCGCAGCAAAAUCUGGGGGCCAAAACACUCCCAUAAGUACACAGCACAGCACACUGACUCAGAUGUCUCAAAUGUCAACAGACGCUUGUGGAAACGCUCACGCACAAGCUUGAGUUUUAGAUGCUGUCUCUACAAAUAUGUCCAAAAAAUGAAGGCUGCGUAUUUGGACUUAAAUCAAUAUCGAAUCUGAUGCGAGUGGGCGUUGUUGCUUUCCCAUCAGCUGUCUUUAACUCUGGUGUUUUUGUUGCAGUUUCCUAAAUCACAUGCAUGGAUUUCGAAACCUGGCAGCACUGAGUAUCCUCAAAUAUUUUAUUUUUCCUGCCAACUGCGCCGUGAAGCCGUCUGUAGUUUCCACUUUCAGUCAUCUCGCCUAUUAAUUGGGUUGCCGAACGUCAUUUUGAGCCUCUGAGCUAAUUUUGUGCAGAUACUACUGUUCGUUACCAAUACUGAUCUAAUGCUUUGAUCCAUCAGUGUAGACACAGAUGUUUAAUUUUGUAAGGUAUUUAAUAAUGGAACAAAAAUGGCCUCUUCUAAUCGCUGUGAGCACACUGAGCCCAAACAUUUUCAGUUUGAGGCGGCGAGACAAAAUGCUUUUGCGUUCGUAACAUUGUCAGUGUGGUGGGAGCAGAAGACGCUUUUGAGGGUCUGCAGGAAAAAAAAACAUAAAAAUACAAUCAUGCUGGAAUUUUUCUUUCAUAGCAAGAUGCAGUAUGUGUACUGUAAAACAAAUACCGUGUAGAGACGUAGCACAGAUAAGUCAAAAAUGACAUGUUGAGUGUAGGAUUGUUUGAACAUAGAUUCACUUUGACUUCGGUCUGGCUGAACCUCAAUGCAGUUAGUUUUCUCCAUCCACGUACACCUCCCUGACCACAGUGCAGUAACUAAUGUGAAAACCUGAUGUAACGAGUCAGUAGAUUGAUUUAAAUGUACUUUUUGCCGUCAGGUGCUACAGCUCCAGAAAAUGUCUUGAAGUUCACAGGUUUGAUCCCAUCUGCUGAUGAGACUCCCUGAUAAUGUGUAAAUGUCAAAGUAAAAUCUUACACUUGUUAUGGGUAGUAACUUGACCUCUGACCCUGUUCUCUGUUUUUGUCCUGGUAUGCCAUGAUAAUGUGCCUUUUACACUGGCGAACUAGAAAUACUGAACUUGUGCUUUAUGUUCAUUUUUACAUGUGCUUAACCAAAAUGCUGAUGGGAAAAAUCCACCCUCGAAUCUGAAUUUUACAUGUUCCUGCUGUGAUCUCGGCCACUCUCUUGCCGUGUUGCAAACCAGAACAAAACAUCCUGAGCGAUGUUUUAUAUUCCAAACCUCUGUAAAUGAACCCUGAACUGUACAAGUUUAGCGAACAGCGAGCUAACUAGCUAGAGGGCGAGCUAAGUGUUGGCAGACAGGUGGCAGUAUUUCUGCAAAGCCUUCAUCACUGGCAGAACAUAUAAUAAAAUAUUCAAUAUUACAGGGGGACACUGCUGCAAAUGCAUAAUGAAGGGCUGACCCGAAUGCUUUGAAGCUUCAGCUGUUGCCAUGGUAAUUACCAUCCAAAUCAGCAAUUGAAUGGCUCAUUUUUUUGUUCGUUUUUUUCAACAGUUAACUGGCGGAAGAAACUGAAAAGAGGUGGCAAAUGUCAGACACAGAUGCAGUUAAACUGGCUGUCUAACAAGGAAAAGAAACAGUUGAGACAAAAUGUGGAUGGUAAUCCGCAGUUGGCAACUGCAGUGAUACACUUGCUUUUCAUCUAGUGAUAAGAAAAACUUGGUAAAAGUCCUACCAAAGUUGGUCGAGUCUGGGUUGAGUGUGUAUGAACGCUGCACUUGAGUCCCGUUCAAAGCUUUGAAUAUUCACAGGUUAUCAUUCCUAAAGCUUCAAAGCUCCAAAUGUGAUAUUCGACAUUGCAUCCAUAAAAAAAGUAGCUUAUAGGCGACUUGUGUGCCACGAGUACAGAGCUAACAAUGGAGGUAGCCAUUUUGGAAUAAUGCACGAACAUUCCCCUGUGGCAUAUUUCGCAGACGUCCCGUUCCUCCAAGAGCCCCAUGAAGGUGCUUUGAAGCCAGUGGCUAUACAGUGGAAAUUAUAACUGUUACAGGACGCCAUGUGGCCCAAAAAGAUACUUUCCCAUAGACUUACAUUGGAAAAGAGAUGUUUGUAAGUCAAUGGAUAACAGACCCUGUGAAUGACUCGUUUCACUAUCGGGAUUUGAUCCAUUUGGUCAGAUAACUUUUUGAAAGUCCAAAAGAGCUGUAAUAUUAUUAUUUUUCUUAUCCCAUUCAAGUUAGCAGAGCACAAAACCAGAAGUUGGCCGCUUAGCUCAUGAAAGUCUCCAGUGCGCCUGCUUCAGGCGUCCAACGAUGCAAAAGUUUGAGGUAACUUAAUACCCGGGAAGUCAAACUCUUUAGCAACUUUAAUGUGAAUGAACAGGGCCCUGCCUCCUACGCUGCACUGCCUCCAGUUCUGCUGAUGUGGCUCAAUAAAUCAUAAGGUAGCCAUCUAAUGUGUGCAUACAGUGCUCACUCACUAGCUAGUUAGCUCACUAACUCAUGCAGCCAUUCUGAAGAUGAAAGGUUUGUUUGAGAUGAGCCAGACCGUGUCUUUGUUCGCUGUCUUGCUGAGUGCGUUGCAUGAUGGCUAGUCCAACUUGUUCUGGAGGCUCGACUGCGUGCGAAUUUGUAAGUGGAGUUAUGCCAACUCGAGCUGGUCGACUUCAGACACUCUAUCCCCAACUGACAAGCCACAACUCAUCUCAAACAGCCCUGUUGUGACAGAACAUACAAGAUGGCUGCCGACUUGUCGACAGUCAGGGCUCCAAGUUAGUUUUCAAAACCAAAAAAGCAGAUGCUCAGACCUGUAAUAUGUCCUAUUCUCCUGUUAGCUGCCUGAAGACAUUUGAGACCUUUCUGAAGAGCUUGUCACACUCGGAUCAGCCUUUCUCCAGUCACACGCCGGUGCUUUUUGGUAUUGUUACCUUUGAUUACCAACGACAAGUCGCCACGUUGGAAGAGAGACGUUAAAAUUCAGAAAGACUUAAUCUUAAUGUGUAGCUUAAUUAGAUGUCUUACCAGCACUUAAAGUUUCCAGCUUUAUAUUUCACUGAGUCACUCUUUAAAAAUGGUAACAUGUUGUAACCAUUGGUAACCGCCAGCAAUGCUCACAUGAAAUGUGCAGUUUUAGUUGGUACAUUUUUCUGCUUCCUCUUUGUAACGCAUACAGCGAUGCACUUUACAACAGGUAUUCUCAUUUGAUCCAAACAGCGUCACUUGUGCUUUCAGUGCUCUUCCACAGAUUUGAAAGGGACACGUUUGUUUUUGAGGAAUACUUUACUUAGAGUUCUUUGUUUGAUGCAUAACUUGAGGUAUAUUAAAUUGUGUCAUCAGCAUAGUUUGGCUCAAUUACUGGAUGCCAGUGAGUUUAAGUGGCUGCUCACUUUAAAGUAAGUCCAGUGUUUCCUUGUUAAUGCAGAGCUGCUAGCUGAUCCCACAGACACUGAGCUAAGCUAAGCUAAUCUCGCUCUAAUAAGAUGCCUUCAAACUGCAUAUUGGUGUCAGAAAACAAAAGUUCCUCUAAAAACCGAACUGCCAAUUGCAAAGAGUCCAACAUGUGCGCAAGUGGCAGAACGAGGUCACAGCAGGAAGUCAUGCUAACGUCUGUGAUGGGUGGGAUUCUCCUCCAACAAUAUGUUUUCUCAUUUAUUUUUACUGAUCCUCUGUGUUGUUAAGAGUUCUGCGCUGUGUGUGUGUGUUUAGCUGGAAAUGCAUUAUGCAGAGUUUGCGUUGUACAUAUAACAAAGACGCUACAGCUUCGCAGCAGCUCUAGCGACCUUUUUUCGUUGUUUGGAAUUAUUUAUUUUUGUUUGUUUUUUUUUAUGUGUUCCAGACCACAAAAAUCAUCUUGUCUCCACUGUUUGAACAUGUUUAAUUUUUUUUAUAUUUGAGAGACAUGGUAUUAGCAGUGCGAUUACACAUAACAACGAGUCUUCCUUAAAAUAAAAUACAAUUUCAAAAAAAUAACAA